AUGGAUUUGCUCAAAAGCAUCGAACAAGCUUAUCGCGGCUUCGCACCACAACACAAGCACCGAGGCAAGCUUGGCAAGGUCGAAGUCUAUACCAUGAACAACAUAGGCGGAAUCUGCAUGUAUCUAGCCCGAACCGAACUACAGAGCAACGACUACCACCUCCUACGAGUCACACUUGAUAAGUAUGCAAGAUUCUUUGCCUCUGCGUAUCAUAACACACCUGCCGAGAUGGCACGCCCAGACCGCACUCAGCUACGGGACAAGUACUUGUCACAGCUCCAACAGCUGCGCCAAGGGCUUCCAGAACGUUUUCAUCCGAAGCUUGACGAGAUUAUCCCCAAACUCCCAGACUUGUUCACCGAGGGGUGGCCGCUCGUACCCAACCAUAUCGACCUCCUCGAGAACAAUAUCCACGUUGAUACGGCCACGGGCAGGAUUCUGGGUGUCUGCGACUGGAGAGGUGCCGAGGUUAGUCCCUUUGGCAUGUCCCUAGGAGGGGUCGAGAUCAUGCUUGGAACUCUAACCACGAGCGGAGACUUUUGGCGUUACCAUCCAAAUCAUAAGGAGCUCCGAGAUCAUUUUCGGGAACGGUUCUACCACUAUCUGGGAGGGGCAUCUGACGAGGAGAAGCGGCGCAUUGAGGCUGCUAGACUCAUAGGCCUCUUCCUGGCCAAUGGCUUCCAGAAUGGCAAGCCGGCGACCGAGGAGAGCGAGGACCUGGGAUUUCUCGGGGCGGUUCUUCAAUACGGCACUCUGCCACCGACAUAUGUGUCUCCACUUUGA